AUGGCUUCCCCCAGGCAGCUAUCCAAACCCAUCAACAAGCCAGCUCUCCCAGCACUUCAUCAUCUCUCAUCUUGGCAGGGAAGUAGCUCGCUCCCCAGUGCUGUGAUGGAAACCCGAUUCCUUAUACUCUCAGAUACCCAUGCCACGGCAUAUACAGCACCGCAACAAUAUGCGGAUGUGGCUCUACAUUGCGGCGACCUAACUGAAAAAUCCACGCUCGACGAAUUCCGGUCUGCCAUACAGCUUCUCGAGGGGGUGAGUGCACCAAUCAAACUUGCUAUUGGUGGAAAUCACGAUUUCACCCUCGACACACCAUUAUAUAAACAGAGAUUUGACCAGGCAUCGCCAGCACAACAGAAGUAUUUUAAAAAGGAGUACGGUGACGUUGGCGAAGCAAGGCGUCUUUUGGAAACUGCUGGAAUUACAUUACUAGACGAGGGAACCCACCACUUUAGACUGCAGAACGGUGCCUCUCUAUCCGUGUAUGCCAGUCCACACACACCUAUAUUUGGGUACUGGGGGUUUCAGUAUCCUCGGGAACAAGGACAUGAGUUCGAUAUUACGGGAGCAGACGUCGUCAUGACCCAUGGCCCACCAAGGGGGAUUCUGGACGAAACUUAUCGGGGCAAUGAAGCGGGAUGUACGAACCUCUUUGGAGCUAUUGCCCAAGCACGGCCCAAGAUACAUUGUUUUGGCCAUAUACAUGAGGCAUGGGGUGCAAAACUUGUUGCAUGGCAGGACACUAACGUGGAAUCUUCUUAUUCCACAUCUGUUGACGAGAAAAAAUCAGUUAUAAUAAACAGCCUGAAGGGGUCACAGGGCUCGGAGGAGCUGAUGGAUGAGUUAAAAGCCCACCAGCACGAAGGUUACUACGCCACGAGCCAUUGUACCGGUGACCCAAACCCAAUUCAACAAGGGAAGCAGACGCUGGCUAUAAAUGCUUCCAUAAAAGGUCGUGGGCGGCAUCGGUUUCAGUUACCGUGGUUGGUGGAUAUAGAAUUACCAAAGACCGACUAA